AUGAAAGGAGCUAGAUCAAAGCCUGCAACCAGGAAGGCUGACAGCAAGCUAUCUGUGAAAAAAGGUGCAGCAGCUGGGAAGAAGGCGGCACCGAAGGGGAAGCCUGCCAAGGACCCAAACAAGCCAAAGAGGCCCGCUAGUGCCUUCUUCGUUUUCAUGGAGGACUUCAGGAAACAGUACAAAGAGAAGCACCCCAAUAACAAAUCGGUGGCCGUUGUUGGAAAAGCUGGCGGUGACAAGUGGAAAUCCAUGUCAGAAGCCGAAAAAGCUCCCUAUGUCUCCAAGGCCGAAAAAAGGAAGGUCGAAUACGAAAAAACCCUCCAGGAUUACAACAAAAAAAUGGCUGAAGGAGCUGAUGCUGAAGAAGAGGAAUCUGACAAGUCGAAAUCCGAAGUGAAUGACGAGGACGAGGAAGGAAGCGGAGAUGAAGGGGACGAAGACGAUGAUGACGAGUAG